GGCAACGGAUGCCGAGCGCCGCGCCGUCAGUUUGCGUCUGUCUAGGGUCGCGACGUCCUCGUCUCUACGUAUAGCACUGAGAUCGCGCCUCGCCGCCGCUUCGUGUACGCGAUCGAACACCGACAACCGACGACGUCACCGUCGACGACGACGACGACGACGACGACGACGACGUCCCGACGAGGGACAUCAGCAGGUGUAAACGCUCCGAUCGCGAUCGAUAGAUUAAAACCACGUGACUAAUUGUCACGUACAUCCUUCCUUCCCGGCGAUCGACUGGUCUGGGGGAAGUUUGAAGGAAUCCUCGGGUGUUCCGGGGUGACCUGAGAAUUCUCAGAAUUCUCCUAGGAUCCUUGAGAGUCCUUGGAGAAGUUUGCGAGAUAAGUCGAGGGACUUUGCUAACACUCCGGAACCAACUCGGCGCGUCUGAGAUAUCUCGCGAAAGUUUAAGGAGACAUAAGAAAGCUUGCAGAUUUUUUCGAUAAGUUUACGAGAUGGCGAAUUAGUUUGUAAAAAGCUUGGAAGUCGCAAGUUUUUUGAGAAGGUAGAUCUCGAAAUUUUUAGACGUGUGGAGCAGUUGGGAAGUGUUUGGGACAUUAUCAAGGACCACUGAAAACUCUGCUAAGUUUUCAAGAAUCUCCAGUUGUCUUGCACCCAGGAUCGAAAAUUCUUCAGCAAUCUGGGCAAAUUUCUACAAAAGAUUUAAUACUAUUUCAGUUUCAGCUUUUGAGGCUUGUGUUCUAAGGUUACUGAAUAACUUUUUGCAUCGCGUACAUUUUUGGUCACGUGGCCGGAAAGUUUCAAAACUUUCGAGAAUCCAUCCUGAAAAUGUGCAUUGCGUUUUAAAAGAGAGGACUUUUUCAGUUCAUCGCUAUUUUUAUAAGAUUUAAAAGAGAACUGUCUAAUCAAGAAGUAAAAUUAAUUAAAAAUGAGAUCGAUAAAGAGUUAAUUUGUUUGGUAUUUCGAGCGUAUAUCUGUAUAUUAUCGAGAACUUUCUACAAUAUCACCAUCACAAAUUCUCAGCUGACGAGUAUGUCUCUAGGAUUCUAAAUCUUUACCAGAGGAUAUUUUCACUCCUCGCGGUUCGAGGACCUUCAAGUGAAAGGACUUGACGUUUAAAGAGACUCUGGUUAUCCUGCCCCGUCAUGACUUUGAAGAGUUCUGUUUGAAUAGUCCUGAAUACAGUAAGAACGACAUAAGUGGAAUUAUCGAAGAUCAAUAAGGCCUUGAAGUUGAUCGAUUUGCAACCCGAUAUUUUUGAAGAAUCGGUGAAUUCAAUUCAGCGACUCGAAGGGAUAGAGGGUAGAUGGAUCUAUUUUGAUACCUGACAGAUUUGUUCUCAUCACGACAGUAAUUUCGUACCGAGCUGAAGAUCGAUCUCGGGAGGGAGUGCGUGGAUCGUGCAUGUCCGAAGUCGGCGAUUCACAAAUCACGGCGAUGAAGAUGAGCAAAGUGGGCAACCAGACCAAUUCGCAGGACCCACAGGCGGUAAAUUCGCGCGUUUUCGUCGGAAACCUGAAUACAUUUCAAUGUAGCAAGACCGAUGUAGAACGAAUGUUCCAACGCUAUGGCCGCCUGGCUGGUAUCUCUAUGCACAAGGGUUACGCAUUCGUGCAAUUCACAAAUCCGUUUGAUGCACGCAGUGCGUGCCUCGGUGAAGAUGGUCGCACCGUCCUCAGCCAGAUUCUCGAUGUAAACAUGGUGGCCGAGCCAAAGCCUCACCAAACUGGACGCAAACGACAGAACGUUUCCAAAACUGGCAACGACUGGGACUACUACUAUGACAGUUACUACGCGUCAACCGCGUUUCCGCCGCGCUUAGCACCGCCGUUGAAGCGGCCGCGUUUGAUGCCACCGACACGAGCACAGCAUCCGAAGCUACAGAAACAACAAUCGACGGCAAACACCGGCACGAUACCAGACUUGAAUCAAUUUAAAGUGUACAGCAAUCCAGAUAUACUGAUCUGCGGCAACUGCAGGGAGAUGUUCACGGAACUCGGGGAGCUGUUGGAGCACAAGCGGAACUACUGCAAGCUGCGGUUCACAUGUAAAUGUCACACCUUCAACGGAGCCGCCCCAAGAGACUCGACGACGGCGUUGCUCUGCGUCCUCUGCAAGUUAUCCUUUCCAAGUGCUUGGGAAUUGAUGGUCCAUGCCCAGGCAGCUCACAUGAUCAACAUUUACGAGCUGGGCACAAGAGCAGCACCGAGUCCGUCACGGAGCCCUAGCCUUGACCAGCCGAAGGAGUCGUCGCCUUCCCCGCAGGAUUUCCAGGAAAUCAAGGCUACGGAUUGCGAAGAGCGCGCGGAGGAAGAGGAACUUGAUGGACACGAGUUAAUACCGUCCCCCGACAGUGGCAAGUCAACGGACAACGAAGCGGCUCUGUCGCCGAUCAAGAUUCGAUCUGACGUUAACGGCUUGGAUCACGAGGACUGCGACGAAUUGAUUCACGUCGAGAACACCACGCAGGCGUGCAUCAUGCAUACUCUCAGCAUUGAUUCAUCCUUAGAGCUGAAUUCUGACACGAACUCGAGGACAACUUCUGGAACAGUGAUGGCCUUGACCAACGGUUCAUUGUCGGCAAAGGAAUAAAUGAGGAAAAAGAAAAAAUAUUAAAAGAAAAAAUAAAAAGAAAAUAUUCAUCGGAACGGUCUUCCCCGGCCAACCAACGAGACAUAUCGAUCUCCUUUAAGGAUAACGCACCCGUUUGUAUAUAGCUUAAUUGCCUAACAAAUUAUAUUCAGGAUCGUUAGAUCCCGUGGUCUAUGCCGGCUGAUCGAAUAUCGAUCAUCUUCCCAAAAGAAAAAAAAAAUCAGUUCCGUUCUGGACUUUUUACGCAUUUGCAAUUCCGCUUCAAAUCUUAAUUGAAAACUAAUGGAAGCAGACUAUUGUAAAAAAUCAUUUGAUUUAUUUACAUUCGAGUUUUUAUGUUAAUUAAAUUGUAGAGUUUUUAAUUUUUUUUGUUCCACUCCAUUGAAUUGUAAAUUUUUAAUUUUGUUUCAAUUGCAUACAUUUUUUAAAAAUAGAAUUUUUUAAUUUGAUAUUUGUGACUUUUUAUAUGAAUUUUAAGACUUAUAAUUUUUCAAUUGUUAGUAUUUUAUAUUCUGUUUCAUAUCUGAAAGUUUACAUCUUCUACAUCUUCAAAAUAUUAUAUUUGUUCAUUCUGAAGACACAUUGUGUCUUUUAUUUAAGUUUUGCGAUUAAAAUUUUUAUUAUUAUUAAAUACUGUUUUUGUCUAGCUCCUAAAUGUUUAACAUUUAUCAACCACGAGAUUUCAAAUCCACAUAGCGCAACUGUAAAUCACAGAUAAUUUUAUAUUUAGAUGUAUACAAUCUAAGUUUAUCAUUAUUCAACUAUAUGAAAUCAAGUGCUUUUUGUCAUCUCAGUGGCAAAAAUAUUGAAGAUAAGAGUAUUUGUGAACAACAUAUUAGCCAAAACGAAUCAUCAAUGGAUUUAAUAUCUCUAGAAAUCCUAAAAAUUAAUUAUUUAUUUCCAGCAAGGAUUAAUUAAUUUCUUUGACAAGUAUUAUAACAUCAAUAUUAUCGGAUAUAAAUAAUUCUUGAAUAUUGGCAAAGUGUUGUUUGUUAAGAAAACAAAGAAACAUCUUGUACCUUCCUUUCAUAGCAAUCGCACAUGCGUGUAGAUUAAAGAUAUAGAUUGCCAGUUUAAUUAUUUACGAAAGAACAUAUCUCCCGAUAAACAGUGUGGUAUCGAUGGCAAACUAUAACUGGAUUACGAUACGAAUUUAAACUUCAAUCAUUACUAAAAUGGCAUCCAUUUCUCUGCUGUUAUCUGCUCCGUUCUGAUUUAUUUUCAUUUUGAGAUUUUUAAUCAAUCAUAUUACACACGAUUUAAAUAAUUGUUAUCUAUUUUAAGAAGGAAACGUAGCAUAGAGAAAGCGAGAAGAGAGAAGGCUUCUGUUGGCAACUGUUAUAUAAAUUCUAUGUUACUACAGUACUUUGUUAUAUCUACUGACUUAUAGAUUCAUAAAUCCAUAUAGAUUUAUCUAUAUAGUAUAUAGAUUAUUUUAAAUAGUUUAAAUAAAUAUUUUAAUGUAACAAUUUAAGUGUCCUUGAUAAUUUCAAAAAUAUAUUUAGAAGUUUAUAUAUUUACAAGUUUUUAGCACUUGUAUGUUACUUUUUAUUUCAAAUUUUAUCCAAUAUUUAUGUAAUUCUUAUAAUCAAGAGUACGAAUCAAAACAUCAAACUGUCACAUACGCAUACGAAUGUAUUAAAUAAAUUACCUCUACUUAGCAACGUAUAUAUUUCAUUUUUAAUGAAUUAAUUUUGCUUGUAUAAAUUAUUGUUUCUUACCAUUGCGAUUUGCCAUUGACAGCUCCCGUAAUUUAUGCAUAUCAAAGAUCUAAUAAGAUGUCUAAAAAUGUAAGUAUAUCGUUUUUCGAUAGCGCUGCACAAUUUAUGCAACGCAAUCGCGAGAAAAUAAAGAUAUUGUCGACAGCCGGAAAAAAUUCGGUCGAGCUUUUACGAAGCCUGACGCGCUUCUCUUCCUGCGUUUUUUUCUCUGUAAAACAAGAUAUUUAUUACACGACUAGAUGGUAGUGACGAGAGUUAUUUGUUUAUAGCCCCAUAUAUAAACAAUGUUUUAUGGAUCAUUAAUGUCUAAAUAAAAUAUAUUACGUCUUUUAA